UUAUCACCGGGGGCAAUGCUGUCAUGUAAUGCGGUUCGGGAUUAGGACCGGAUGUUCGGGCGACUGGCGGAGACGAUCGGAGCCGGCGCAUCCGGGGCGGGACAUGCCGAUAGUCGCUGCUGCAGCUGCCAGCUGCCCUUUCGGACUCCAACCAUGCUGCUGGGCAAAGUGGCUCUGGUGACGGCCUCAAGCCAGGGAAUCGGGCUGGCGGUGGCCCGGCGCCUGGCGCAGGACGGUGCUCAUGUGAUGAUCAGCAGCCGCAAGGGCAAGAACGUGGAGGAGGCCGUGUCGCGGCUGCAGGCCGAGGGUCUGUCGUCCGUCUUGGGUACCGUCUGCCACGUCGGUAAGGGCGCCGACCGGGAGUCGCUGGUGGCCGAGACGGUCAGCCGGUUCGGGGGCGUCGACAUCCUGGUGUGCAUUGGCCGCACCUUGGACUGCCCGGAGAGUGCCUGGGACAAGAUCCUGGACAUCAAUGUUAAAUCGGCCGCCCUGCUGGCACAGCUGGUGGUGCCCCACAUGGAGAGGCGAGGAGGCGGCUCUAUCGUGCUGGUCAACUCCGUGGCCGGUUACCGGCCCUUCCCGAUGCUAGGCCCCUACUCAGUCAGCAAGACAGCUCUACUGGCCCUGACCAAGGUGCUGGCCACCGAACUGGCCCCACUCAACAUCAGGGUCAACGGCCUGGCUCCCGGCAUCAUCAAGACCCGCUUCAGCGCGACCCUGUGGGAGGACGAAGGCCCGCGGAAGACGGCCUUGGAGUUGAUUGACAUGCGGCGUCUGGGAGAGGCUGAACACUGCGCCGGGGCUGUCUCUUUCCUCUGCUCUCCUGAUGCCUCCUACAUCACGGGGGAGACCAUUAGCGUGAGCGGUGGUAUUCACUGUCGGCUCUGAGGUCGCUAACACUGCUCCCCCCAAAUGCUCGGACACCUCUCUUCCGAUCUUCCACUGCCGGGCCCCUGCACCACCCACACCACAGCGGGCCCCGAGUCGCUCUUCAGGAUUUGGUACCAUUUCACACACAGUCAAUGCUUCAAGAAGGAUUAGGCCACCAGGCCUCUUAAACCUCACCCUGUUAUGCAAGAAUUGAAAAUACACGUGGACUAAGAUGUUAACUGUCCUGUGCUAUCACCAGUGGGAUCUUCAGUUGAUCUGCCACCUGUCUGCAGGAGUUUCCGCCGGCUUGUGAUCAAGACUCCCUCGAGGUGGUGGGCCAGCAGUGCUAAAGCACCACCUCCCACUGGUGAGCUUAAAAACUUGGCAUCCUCCUCUAUCAGAGUUGUUGGUCACUUCCAUCCAACAGAUAGUCUACUCUUCAGGUGUCAGUGCAACUACUGAAGGGUUUGCAAAAGAUGGAUACACUGUCUGACUAUCAGCCCCUCUGAACGUACUUGGUCCACACCCAUGCUGAUCCUGUCUCUGCUUACUUAGUAAAAUGUCCAAUAUUUUCGCAGCUUUUUGUCUUUUGUGCUCCGGUUGUCUGCUUUAUUGGAUGCAGUCUUUCAUUGAUUCUAUUAUAUUUAUCGUAUUUCCUGACUAUGCCUAGCAAACAAAUCUCAUACUUGUACAUGAUGGCACAUAAGUACUUUGCUGAUAAAGUUACUUUGAAUUUGAAGACAAAAUCAAUGAAAAACAACACAUAAGACUGGGAAAGAAACAGAAGUCAACAACUUGCAAAUACAAAAGAAAAAAAACGUAACAAUAAUAACAAUAAGCAAUAGAUAAGUAGGUUGUAGAGUCCUUGAAGGUGAGUCCACAGGUUGUGGGAACAGUUCAGUAUUGGGGUGAGUGAAGUUAUACCGACUGGUUCAGGAGCCUGAUGGUUGAGGGAUUACUCUUCCUGAAUUUGCUAGUGUGGGCCCUAAGCCUCCUGUACCUUUUCCUGAUGCAAAAAAGAGAGUGUGGCCUAGAUGGUGGUGGUCCUUGAUGAUGGAUGUGUUGGCUCUCAGCUUUUGAUUCUACCCACCUGGGCAAGUGAAGCUGUCACCUGAUCAGUGGGCGUAUUUAUCGUGUUCCAGCUCGGCCUUUGGCACGGGUGGAGAUGAGGCCAUGUGAAGUGCUGAUUCGUUGACGGAAUAUUCUGUAGAUACUGGAAAUCCAGAGAACAAACACAAAAUGCUGGAGGAACUCAGCAAGUCAGUCGCCAUCCAUGUAGAUGAAGGGUCCCCACCCAAAAUGGCGACUGUUUACAGCUCCAUAGAUGCUGCCUGACUUACUGAGGUCCACCAGCUCCAACAUUUUGUCCGUGCUCUAUGUGAAACGGUGCAAGUCUGGACUGGGAAUCUGAUGUGUAAUUGGUGGUGGUCUGUUCAUACGAUGUGGUCAACAGCUGCAGUAGUCCGACUUCAGGACAGUGCGGGACGCUUUGUCCUUGCUGCCUCUGUAUUGGGAUUUGGCAGGGCAUGCAAUAUGGUCAGAAACUUUUUCGGUGGGGGCAGGGUAGUCCUAAUUCCCGCUUUACCAAUUGUGCAAAUGUUGGUUGGACGCUGUUACAGUUCAGGAUCGGGAAGACAUGCAAUUAGAUUAUGGAAAGCAGGGGCUAGAGGAAACAUAGAAAAUAGGUGCAGGAGUAUGCCAUUUGGCCCUUCGAGCCUGCACCGCCAUUCAGUAUGAUCAUGGCUGAUCAUCCAACUCAGAACCCUGCACCAGCCUCCCCUCCAUACCCCCUGAUCCCCGUAGCCACAAGGGCCAUAUCUAACUCUCUCUUAAAUAUAGCCAAUGAACUGGCCUCAACUGUUUCCUGCGGCAGAGAAUUCCACAGAUUCACCACUCUCUGUGUGAAGAAGUUUUUCCUAAUCUCAGUCCUAAAAGGCUUCCCCUUUAUCCUCAAACUGUGACCCCUCGUUCUGGACUUCCCCAACAUCGGGAACAAUCUUCCUGCAUCUAGCCUGUCCAAUCCCUUUAGGAUUUUAUACGUUUCAAUAAGAUCCCCCCUCAAUCUUCUAAAUUCCAACGAGUAUAAGCCUAGUUCAUCCAGUCUUUCAUCAUAUGCCAUCCCAGGAAUCAAUCUGGUGAACCUUCUUUCUACUCCCUCUAUGGCAAGAAUGUCUUUCCUCAGAUUAGGGGACCAAAACUGCACACAAUACUCCAGGUGUGGUCUCACCAAGGCCUUGUAUAACUGCAGUAGUACCUCCCUGCUCCUGUACUCGAAUCCUCUCGCUAUAAAUGCCAGCAUACCAUUCGCCUUUUUCACUGCCUGCUGUACCUGCAUGCCCACUUUCAAUGACUGGUGUAUAAUGACACCCAGGUCUCGUUGCACCUCCCCUUUUCCUAAUCGGCCACCAUUCAGAUAAUAAUCUAUUUUCCUGUUUUUGCCACCAAAGUGGAUAACUUCACAUUUAUCCACAUUAAAUUGCAUCUGCCAUGAAUUUGCCCACUCACCUAACCUAUCCAAGUCACCCUGCAUCCUCUUAGCAUCCUCCUCACAGCUAACACUGCCACCCAGUUUCGUGUCAUCUGCAAACUUGGAGAUGCUGCAUUUAAUUCUCUCAUCCAAAUCAUUAAUAUAUAUUGUAAACAACUGGGGUCCCAGCACUGAGCCUUGCGGUACCCCACUAGUCACUGCCUGCCAUUCUGAAAAGGCUAUAUAAUUUUUUUCUGAGUUUUUUAUCUGGAGAGUAUGCAGGUGAGUGUCAGUCAGGUAUAUGAGAUAGAGAAUGGGACCCAACAAGGCAGUAUUUGUAGCCCUUUGUUUAAUAGUAUGAUUAAUAAUAUUUUCUCUGAGAUGGGUCAAUCAUUUUUUGCAGAUGAUGGAGCUUUAUGGAUUAGAGGUAGAAAUUUCAAUUUAACUCUAUAUAGGAUGCAAUUAGUGAUUAAUGAGGUCAAAACAUUGGGCAAAUAGAUCAGGAUUUAAGCUUCCAGUGGCUAAAAUGCGAAUUAUGUGUGAUACAAUGAGGGUCAUAGCCCUGCAUUUAAUAUGAAAUUAUACAGUCAAACUCGCGAAGAAGUGUCCGUGGUAAGAUUUCUUAGCAUGUGGAUGAGUAAUCUGACAUGGAAGCCCCAUACCAGUAAAAUAAUUGAUAAAUUAUUAAAUAUA